AUGCGUCAACGCAGGCCAAGUCUGCGAAGUUCAAUCUUCGCAUUUGCAUGGCUACUUUGCAGCCAGCAGAUCUUCACCAGUUUCCUGGCGCCGCUUGGGCACAGAACGAGUAGCACAGCAGAGUCCAGAAGCACAGCCAGCCGGCGACACCUUCUCAGCUUGGCUCCGAGUCUUGUCACAACUCUGCCUGUAAUGCCAACAGAUGCCGAAGAAGCCCCGCAGCUUACGGCGAGCUGGCCGGCCAAGGAUGGAGUGCAGUUUUUGCGAUUUUAUGAGGAGCAAUACAAUGCUGAGCGCGAUGACACUAGGCGAACACCGCAGUUCAUCAAGGCCAUCCAAGAGCGGAUACGGGGGCGCGAAGGUUUGACAGUGCUUGACAUUGGGACAGGCCCCUUCGCAUUGUUUGCUACUGUGGCCGCAAGGGCCGGUGCAAAGAAGGUCUAUGCCGUUGAAGGCAACCCUGAAGCUGCCGAUAGAGCGCGGACGUUCUUGCAAGAGCAGGAGGACAUCCCCGAAGGUGUGAUUGAGGUGAUUGAUGGAUUUUCGACCGCAGUGAGCCUUCCGGAGAAGGUGGACCUCGUGUUGGCCGAGGUCGUUGGAGCCUUUGCUACUCAGGAGAACAUCGUAGCCUCUAUGCGUGAUGCGCAGAGGCGGCACAUGAAGGACCCCAGCAAUCCUGAGAACUACAUUCCUGCGGCCGUCCAGACUUGGACUGCUCCCGUCAGCUAUGCGCUGCAUCCCGUGCUUGCGCCGCCAAAGUUUGCGAAGCUUGAGGGCCAGCCGCUGACUCUGAAUCCCCGAGACCGGACCUUGGAGUUGAUCUCUGACCCGCAGGUUCUGGAGGAGAUCCGUUUUGGCCAGGGAGAGUUGCCCAGUGGGCGCUGGGAGCAAAAACCGCUCAAUUUCAAGGUGAUGGAGGACCGCCUCCGGUCAAACUAUGACCAGUACUUCGAGGCGCUGACGACCAAAGAGGACACAAAGGCCGAUUCUGCCAGGCCUGGCGACAUCUUAAAAAUCUCAGAAUCUGCCGAACUGAGCCAGGAUCUUUUAACUCCUGUGAAGUAUUCUUUCCAGGGGGAGCUCCUACGAAGCUGA